ACCAUGGCGGCGUCGUUCCUGCUAGCUGUGGUGUUAUGCCUCACUGCCAUCCUCGUGUUCACUCAUGCCUUGUGGCUAAUAACAGACGGCCGCCGGCGUCGACUCCCUCCUGGACCCUGGCCACUUCCGGUCAUCGGCAGCCUCCACGCUGUCACGUGGAGCAGGCCACACCGCUCGCUCGCGCACGUCGCCGAGCGCUACGGCCCGCUCAUGUGCAUCUGGUUUGGCCGGCACCCCACCGUCGUCGUCUCCACGCCGGACGCCGCGCGCAAGAUAUUGACCAACUCUGAACUGGCUGGCCGUACCGUCCUAGACACCAUGCUCGCCGAGGGACACUCUGCCGAUUCCGUCCUCCUCCUACCGCCGGGCAACAAGUGGCGCGCGAUGCGGAGGCUCGCCAUGGCCGAGCUGUUCACCAAGGGCCAGCUCGACGCGCGGCUGCAGCUGCGGCAGGAGAAGGUGCAAGAGCUGGUGCUCUACGUCUCCGAGCACGCGGCGCGCGGCGAGCCAGUCGACGUCGGGCAUGCCGUGUUCAUGACGGUCAUAAACGUCGUGUCACGCUCCUUGUUCUCCGCCGACAUUGGAUCCCGGGAGCUGCGGGAUAAGGUGAAGGAGGCCGCUCAGCUGCUCUCAACGCCAACAUUAUCAGACAUCUUCCCAUCCUUGGCGCCCGCCGACCUCCAAGGUGCGCGGAGUAGGAUGGGUGCACUGGUCAGGUACGCCCAUCGGAUCAUUGAUGAGCAAUAUAUGCGUAGAAGGCGUGGUCGGGACGCCGGACAACCAAGAAAGGACGACAUGAUGGACGUGGCGAUAGACAAGGAGAAGGAAUGGGAAGAGGAGGGCAGUGAGAUGAACUAUGGUGCCAUCAAAGGCUUGAUCACGGAUCUCUUCGUAGGAGGAAGUGAGACAGUUUCAAGUACAGUUGAGUGGGCAAUGGCAGAAUUAUUGCAAAGCUCGGAAUCAAUGAAGAUGGUAAGGGAGGAGCUCAAGACGGUUAUUGGCACUAAAGGGCAAGUUGUCGAGUCUGACAUUAGCCAACUUCCCUAUUUGCAAGCCGUGGUAAAAGAAACUUUACGACUUCAUCCCGCAAUUACACUAGCAUUUCAGCGGGCAAUGGCUACGGUGCAAAUAGAAGGAUACAACAUCCCCAAAGGAACCGGCAUAGUAAUAAACAUAUGGGCAAUUAAUCGAAAGUCUAAAAUGUGGGUUGAGCCAGAGAAAUUUAUGCCCGAGAGGUUUAUCGGCAAAGACAUCAGCUUUUGGGGCAAGGAUUUUGAGUUCAUUCCAUUCAGUGCUGGGCGUCGUCAGUGCCUUGGACUGCCUUUAGCAUAUAGAAUGGUGCAUUUGGUUCUUGGGUCACUGUUGUACCACUUUGAUUGGAGGCUUCCUAAUGAUGUCAAGGACAACGGUAUUGACAUGAGUGAAAAGUCCGGAGCCAUUAUGGUUUCGAUGGCUACUCCACUCAAAGCCAUAGCUAAAGAGUGUGAUGAAUAAAAGGUCCCCUGUAACAAGUCGACCAUAUCACGACUAUUGUAGACCGAGGAGUCAUAUUUCACGGUAAGAUAGUAAUGGCAUGAGAAUGUGAAACACCAUAUUGUUGUAAUCCAUGCCUAAUAAAACAUCCAUAUGUAAGAAAGGUUUACUAUCAGUAUGGUUCACCAAAAUUGCAGCCAAA